CGUGGUGACUUCAUGCGGCUCAGUAGGACUUUAAAUUCUGCGAAGACUUCGCUCCAGCUCCGCCUCCUCCAAGAGUUACCAGAAGCAACAGGAAGCGACCACCCCAACCCCCCAAAAAAGUGCAGACCAGAGAAAAAAAACAAAACAUAGCAGGCCGAAAACAUAAUCUAUUUAUCGACUUAUGCACAUCGGAUCCAUCUGCCGGAGGUGUGAACCCGCGCUGGACCCGACCCGCCCGCCCGGGACCCGCUUCUGGAGGAGUUCUACGUGGCAGAGAGGCGCGAGCAUGUCCUCCUCGCGGAGCGAAAGUUAAGCUCACCUGUUGCGCGAAAGACACCCGCGAGUCUGUUUGAUCCUGGCCAUGGCCCACGGCGCCAGUAUCCAGUACGAGCCCGUGGCCGAGAUCGGGGGAGGCGCUUACGGGACGGUUUACAAGGCCCGAGACACGGAGAGCGGCAAGUUUGUGGCUCUGAAGAGCGUGCGCGUGCAGGCCGACCAAAAUGGCCUCCCGGUCUCCACGGUCAGAGAGGUGGCUCUGUUGAAAAGGCUGGAGCAGUUUGACCACCCAAACGUUGUCCGGCUGAUGGAUGUAUGUGCCACCCAGAGGUCGGACCAGGAGACGAAAGUCACUCUGGUGUUUGAACAUGUGGACCAAGACCUGAAGACGUAUCUAGAGAGAGCCCCAGCUCCCGGAUUGUCCCCCGGCCGCAUUAAAGACCUCAUGAGGCAGUUGCUGUGCGGCCUUGCAUUCCUCCACUCUAACCGUGUGCUGCACCGAGACCUGAAACCAGAGAAUAUUCUGGUAACGAGCCAGGGCCAGGUGAAGCUGGCUGACUUUGGACUGGCCAGGAUCUACAGCUGCCACAUGGCUCUCACUCCUGUGGUGGUGACUCUGUGGUACCGCCCCCCCGAGGUUCUGCUGCAGUCCACUUACGCCACACCUGUGGACAUCUGGAGCACCGGCUGCAUCUUCGCAGAGAUGUUCAGGCGCAAACCUUUGUUCUGCGGAGAAUCAGAGGUGGACCAACUUGGGAAACUAUUUGAAGUUAUAGGCUUGCCACCAGAGGAUGAGUGGCCGUCUGAUGUCACACUCUCCAGAAAACACUUCCCCACUCUCCUACCUCGCCCCAUCACGGACUUUGUUCCAGAGAUAAAUGAGGCGGGGGCGCAAUUAUUGCUGAAAAUGCUGACCUUUGACCCCUUGAAACGAAUAUCUGCCCUGAAGGCGCUUGAACAUCCAUAUUUCCAGGACGAGGAGACGUUGACUUGAAAUGAUGCAGACGUAACGGUGUCUAAGCUUAGAGCGGUUUUCAGCCUCUCCACACGGCUCACUUAUGCUUUGGGGUAUUUCUUGUUUUUGCUCCUACAUCAAAAAAGGAUUAAAGCCUGAGAAAUUGAAUUAAAAAAAAAAAAAAAAAAAAAAGAA